CUUGGGGUCCCUUCACGCUGGUUUUAGAAGAAACUGCUUUAACAGCGAAGCUCAGAGCAUCGUCUCCGACCUCUCCCAACUUCCUCGUUGUCCUUCACGGGAAGGCGUCCGACAUAAGCUGCCGGCGAUCUUGAACCCUGGGUCGCCGUUCGGGAAGAGGAGCUCAAAACCUAGCUCUCCCUUUGGCACCCUCCGACCAUGGCGUCGGGCCAGGAGUCCGCUGGGACGACGCUCAUGGAUCUCAUCACCUCCGAUCCGUCGGCGUCGGCCGCAAAUUCCUCCUCCGCAGCGGCCCCCUCCACGCUUGGCAAGCCGGUGACCACGGAAAAGAAGUCGAAAAGGGCCACCUUGAUGCAGAUCCAUAGCGACACGAUCUCCGCGGCCAAGGCUCUCAACCCCGUCAAGACCAACCCACAGAAACAGAAGAAGAAGCCAGUGUCGUAUGCUCAAUUGGUGCGGAGCAUUCAUGAACUCGCCGCCACAUCUGAUCAGAAAAGCUCCCAGAAGCAGUUAGUGCAUCAUGUGUUUCCCAAACUCGCUGUAUAUAAUUCAGUGGAUCCUUCUGUAGCUCCAUCUCUUCUCAUGCUUCAUCAACAAUGUGAGGACAGGAGUGUUCUGCGCUAUGUUUAUUACUACUUGGCCAGAAUUUUGUCAGAUAGUGGUGCACAAGGUUUAAGUGCAGGUGGUGGAAUUCCCACGCCAAACUGGGAUGCACUUGCUGAUAUUGAUGCUGUUGGAGGGGUCACAAGAGCUGAUGUUAUACCUCGAAUUGUGGAGCAGCUUACUGCCGAGGCAUCAAAUGCCGACACUGAAGUUCAUGCACGAAGGCUUGCAGCUCUGAAGUCCCUUAGUGCUGCUUCACCAAGCAGUUCUCAGAUAUUGGGCAAGUUGUAUGAAAUUGUAUUUGGCAUUCUAGAGAAGGUUGCAGAUACCAAAGAAAAGCGGAGGAAAGGCAUUUUUAGCAAAGGUGGCGAUAAGGAGUCUAUUAUUCAGAAUAAUUUGCAAUAUGGUGCUUUAAGUGCUCUAAGAAGACUUCCUCUAGAUCCUGGAAAUCCAGCAUUCCUCCAUCGAGCUGUGCAGGGGAUUUCAUUUGCUGAUCCAGUUGCUGUAAGACAUGCACUGGCAAUCAUCUCAGAUUUAGCUGCAAGAGAUCCCUAUUCUGUUGCUAUGGCUUUAGGAAAGCAUGCACUACUUGGAGGUGCUUUGCAGGAUGUUCUUCAUUUGCAUGAUGUUCUUGCUAGAGUUUUCCUAGCUAGACUCUGUCAUACAUUAUCUAGAGCCCGUGCAUUGGAUGAGAGGCCUGACAUUACAUCUCAGUAUAGUUCUCUCCUCUAUCAACUUCUUCUGGAUCCCAGUGACAGAGUUUGUUUUGAGGCAAUACUAUGUGUUUUGGGAAAAUUCGAUAGCACGGAAAGGACUGAAGAGAGAGCUGCCGGCUGGAUUCGGUUAACUAGAGAAAUUCUCAAGUUGCCUGAGGCUCCAUCAGUAUCAUCAAAGCAUGGUCAAUCAAAAGAUGCUCUUCCACCAAAACCAAGUAGCAAGAAACCUGCUAAUAAAGCGAGGCGUCCUCAACCUCUUAUCAAACUUGUAAUGAGAAGAUUGGAGAGCUCUUUCCGUAGCUUCUCUCGUCCUGUGCUUCAUGCAGCUGCAAGAGUUGUUCAGGAAAUGGGAAAAAGCAGGGCAGCAGCAUAUGCGUUAGGUGUCCGUGACAUUGAUGAAGGAUCCCAACUUCAUGCAUAUUCUGAAAAUAUUGAAUCCCUUGAUUCAGAUCCCAAUGAUGGCUCACAAUCUGAAGUUACUCGUAGGGCAUUACCACUGUCAAAUGGAGCAGGUGGUACAGAUACAAUUGCCGGUUUAUUAGCUUCACUAAUGGAAGUAGUGCGCACGACUGUGGCAUGUGAAUGUGUCUAUGUUCGAGGAAUGGUGAUAAAAGCUUUGAUCUGGAUGCAAAACCCACAUGAGUCAUUUGAAGAACUAAAAUCUAUCAUUGCAUGUGAGCUGUCUGAUCCUGCUUGGCCUUCGGCACUGUUGAAUGAUAUCUUACUUACUUUGCAUGCUAGGUUCAAGGCAACUCCUGAUAUGGCAGUCACCCUACUUGAAAUUGCACGAAUAUUUGCCACUAAAGUCCCUGGAAAGAUUGAUGCUGAUGUUUUGCAACUGCUAUGGAAAACAUGUCUUGUUGGGGCUGGACCAGAUGGGAAGCAUACAGCCUUGGAAGCAGUCACAAUAGUUCUUGAUUUACCACCUCCCCAGCCUGAGUCAACAUUAGGACUUACAUCUGUUGAUAGAGUGUCUGCAGCAGAUCCAAAGUCUGCUCUGGCAUUGCAAAGAUUAGUGCAGGCUGCAGUAUGGUUUCUCGGUGAAAAUGCAAACUAUGCUGCAUCUGAAUAUGCAUGGGAGUCUGCAACACCUCCUGGCACUGCACUAAUGAUGUUGGAUGUUGAUAAAAUGGUGGCUGCUGCCAGUUCACGAAAUCCUACUCUCGCUGGUGCAUUAACACGGCUUCAACGGUGUGCUUUCAGUGGGAGCUGGGAGGUUCGAAUAGUUGCUGUUCAAGCCCUAAUUACUAUGGCAAUCAGAUCAGGGGAGCCUUAUAGGCUACAGAUAUAUGAAUUUUUACAUGCUUUAGCUCUUGGUGGUGUCCAAUCUCAGUUCUCAGAAAUGCAACUUAGUAAUGGGGAAGAUCAAGGUGCCAGUGGUACAGGUCUAGGAUCUUUAAUAAGUCCUAUGCUUAAGGUCCUUGAUGAAAUGUAUAGAGCACAAGAUGAUCUGAUUAGAGAUAUGCGCAAUCAUGAUAACAACAAGCAAGAAUGGACAGAUGAAGAGCUCAAGAAACUAUAUGAGACUCAUGAGAAACUCCUUGACUUAGUUUCAUUGUUCUGUUAUGUUCCAAGAGCAAAAUAUCUGCCUCUAGGACCGACCAGUGCUAAACUCAUUGAGAUCUACUGUAACCGACAUAACAUUAGUGCAUCAACUGGUCUGAAUGAUCCUGCUGUUGCUAUGGGGAUAUCUGACCUGGUAUAUGAAUCUAAAGAAACACCUAAAGAGGCUGACACCAUUGAUCCAGAUUUGGCAAUGGCCUGGGUAACAGGUUUAGAAGAUAGUGCAUGGGGAAGCAAUGUUCCAGCAAUGGAAAAGGUGAAUGAAUUUCUUACUGGUGCUGGAACUGAUGCUCCUGAUGUGGAGGAGGAGAACACAACCUCCCGGCCAUCUGUCACUUAUGAAGAUAUGUGGGCUAAGACAAUUCUAGAAACUUAUGAAGCAGAGGAAGAUGAUGCAAGGUCAUCUGGUACAUCCUCUCCUGAGUCAACUGGUUCUGUUGAGAGUUCCAUAUCAUCCCAUUUUGGUGGUAUGAGCUAUCCUUCCUUGUUCAGUUCACGUCCAUCAGGCUAUGGGGUUUCACAACCGGAGCAAAGGUCUGCAACCACUUCAAGUAGACUCAGCAACACUUCCUUUGGUGGUCCAUCAUCGACUUAUGAGGGUCUAGGAUCUCCGGUUAGACAUAUGUUCAAGUUUUGUCUCUUAUCUUUUGAUACACUAUCAAAUCGCCAAGUUAUAAUUUUGCUCCAUGUUCAGAUCAGGGAAGAACCACCAUCGUACUCGACAUCUGUUCUGCAGAGACUUGAAUCCUUUGAGAACCCUCUAGCAGGGCGCGGGGCUCAGAGUUUUGGCUCUCACGAUGCAGACGGUUCUGAGAAACCACAGUUUGGGAAAGCAUUAUAUGAUUUCACUGCUGGUGGUGAUGAUGAGUUAAGCUUGACUGCUGGAGAAGAGGUUGAGAUUGAUUAUGAGGUUGAUGGUUGGUACUAUAUCAUGAAUGUUUUGGCAGGUGAAGAAAAAACGGCCUGGGAGAGAUGGGAAAAUGGCUGGAUUGGUUCCAGUUCUUUAUGUCAGUUCAACUUGACAGCUAUUAGCAUCUCAGCCACAGCUGAUACCCUACUUUUAAGACCUUAGAUUUGAAAAUUGCCCAGAUAUCCUGCACCAUGGCUCUCAUUGCUGGUGUCUGCCCUGCUUUGCAUUUUUUUGAAGAGUUAUUGGUCGAUGCAUUUCAGCUCGUCUACAGAAGAUAUGUUUGUGCACUUUAUUCCUGUUGCUAGUGAGUUCUAUAUAAUGUUUUAUUGCCGCACACUAAUAAAUGAGUUUUUUAAUGUUAUUAUUAUUAUUUUUGCCUGGUCGCUUUUUUGUCCGUAGUGUCCCCAUCCCAUUGCUCUUUACUGGUUUAGUUAUACUGCUUAGGAGGAGUGCUUCUAAUGAACCUAUGAUCAUUGUGGAUUGGCUUCUCUGCAUCAGUUUGACGUAUAAUGAAGCUCCAUGAUUAUAUUACUUAAUAGAUCGGUUCUUUAUUUGGAUUUGACAAA